AUGGAGCUUCACAACCUCAAUAUUCUCAUCACAAUCUUGCUCCUAUAUUUGUUCCCUCACUCACAAAAUUGCCAACAGGUAUACCUUAACAACACUGUCUAUGACUGCUCUAGCAACCCUUCUGCAUCAAAAGGAUAUCUUUGCAAUGGCCUUCAAAAGUCAUGCACUUCCUUCAUACUUUUCAGGUCCAAAUUUCCCUACGACAACCCUGUGAGCAUUGCUUUCCUUCUUGGCUCUGAAACAUCUGAUAUAGCCUCAAUCAACAAUAUCUCAACAACUGACAAGAUUCCUUCCAAUAAGUGGAUCAUUGUUCCUGUCUUCUGUUCAUGUUCUGGAAACAUCUACCAGUAUAAUACUCGUUACACGGUCAAAGAGAAUGACACCUACUGGGCGUUGGUAAAUGAAACCUUUCAAGGCCUCACCACCUGCCAGGCAAUUAUGGGUCAGAAUUACUAUCCUCCAAUCAAUAUUGCAAUUGAUGCAGAGCUCAAAGUACCUAUGUUAUGUGCUUGUCCCACUCUAAAUCAGACAUCAAGAGGGUUCACCUCUUUGCUAGUUUACUCGGUCAACUCUGGAGACACUGUUAAGUCCAUAGGAGAGGCUUUUGGUGUGGAUGAACAAAGUAUACUAGAGGCCAAUGAGUUGUCAGUGACACAGAGUGCACACAGCAGCAUGAACCUCCUUGACUCGACACCUAUUUUAGUUCCUCUAAUAGGGAAGAACUGCAAAGAGAACCCAAAUAAAUUCUAUUGUAAAUGCUACCAAGAACCACAAACAGAUGGAAGCUCCAAUGGGCUAUUAUGUGAUGAAUCUGGUGACAAAAAAUUUCCUGCCAAAUUGGUUGCUGCUUUAGGAGAGAUCCGUAAGGAAAAGCUGUUUAGGCAAAAUGGUGGCUACUUGUUACUGGAGAAGCUCUCAUCUUACGGAAAUGGAGAAAUGGAAAAGCUUUUUACAGCCGAGGACCUUCAAAGAGCAACAGAUAACUACAACAGCAGUAGGUUUCUUGGCCAGGGUGGCUAUGGCAGAGUGUACAAAGGAAAGUUACCAGAUGGAACCAUAGUUGCAGUUAAAAAGAACAUUGUCAAACUCUUUGGUUAUUGUCUUGAGACAGAAGCACCAUUACUAGUCUAUGAAUUAAUUCCCAAUGGAACACUUUCUCACCACAUCCAUAGGAGAGACAAUGAGCCCUCCCUUUCUUGGGAGAGUCGCUUUAGAAUUGCAUGUGAGGUUGCUGGAGCAGUGGCAUAUAUGCAUUUUGCAUCUUCAAUUCCUAUUUUGCAUGGAGAUAUCAAACCUGCCAACAUACUUUUAGGCAGUAACUACAGUGCCAAAGUGUCAGAUUUUGGAACAUCAAGAUCAGUGCCACUAGAUAAGACUCACUUGACCACUAUUGUGGGAGGAACUUUUGGGUACAUAGACCCUGAAUAUUUUCAGAUAAAAGUGAUGUGUACAGUUUUGGGGUAG